AUGGCGCCCCCAACGAUCCUCGCCCACAAAUCCUCCUUCCUCACCGCGCAAACCCUCCACCUAUCCCAAUCCCUCGUACCAAGCAACACAUGGCGCACAUCCAACCAGCGCAUCCCCGAAAACGGCGGCAGUCUAAGCGACCGCGUCGUCGACGAGGUGUUAUACCGUGCGAACCACAUCUUACAACAACAUGCGCGUCGCGUGUAUGCGCCUCAAGCGAGUCGGCAUGUCGCGGAGCAGAUCGAGACGCUGUACCUAGAGGCUGCGGAGAGGGCUGUGCGCGGGGAAGGGAGUCGAGGGGAAGAUGAUGAUGACGGGGUAGACGCAGGGGACGGGUUGGGUGGUGGAGGGCCCAAGUUUUUGAUGGUGGGCGCGGAUUUUGCAUCUGACGAAGUCAUCGCCUCCCUCCCCAACACAUGGGACCAACACUCACCCUCCCAAUCCGAAGCCCACCCCGCCGAAGCCCUACGCUACGCCGACCUAGCGACAUCCCUAUCGAUUCUCUCCUCGCGGCGAAAAGAAACGCGCGCGCGCCUCGAUCGUCUCCGUCGAAUGCGUACUCUAUUAGUCCCCUUUUCUUCCACCACUACCACCACCACCACCUCCUCUUCUGCCAUAGACUCCUCCAACCCGCAAAGUAGUAAUGGUGCAAACGAAGUAGUAAAUAGCGCAAGCGAAUCCGGCGUCGAAAAAGUCCAACCGAACCUCGUCACGCGCGACGGAGAAAUGGAAAAGGAGCUCGAGCGCAUGCGUGUACUACUCGUGCGCGUCGCCGCCCGCGUCGCCCAACUACCGGACCCGGAGCCCGGCGAGGACGUUGCGAUGGAGGAUCUGGAGGCCGUGGAGCGGGGCAAGGUUGAGAGGUUGCUUGAUGGGUUUUGAUAUCCCGCGACCUUACUUGCUGACGCUUAGUAUGCCGUUACAGUUCUAGGUUAGUUCGUUGUUAUUGUGCGUCGACUUGAAUGUGAAGAAAGAAAGUGGCGUCUCGAGGUUCGGAGCGGCUAGUUGGCCUAGCUUGGUGGUCGAUUCGCGAUGUCGUUUCGCAAGAAUGAUAAUACCC